AUGAUUCCUCUCACUGACAUCACUCAUGGGGUGGAACUGAUCCCUGUAUAUAAUACCUUGUUGCCCAAGGAGGUCAACUUGAGCAAUUCAAUGGAGAUUUUUGAUGGAUAUUUUCUCAACAACUUCACUGACAAAGAAUUGUACCACACAUUAGCAGUAGCAUUUGGUGUCUAUUAG